AUGGCUGGUUUAAAGAAACCACGUGAUGAAUCAUACUUCCUCUAAGAGUUAGGCCUCAACUAUUUGUGUCUCUUCAUUUACAAUUUGCCCAUAACGGGGAUGGCUAGUGCGAGAAUCACAAACCUUCAGAAUGCUGUUAAACAGGUGCCGCUUAUUCAGCCUCCUCAGCCCAGUUCUGCAGCACAGGGAGCUGUUCAGAUGAGGAUAAAGAACACUCAGGGCUCUGCAGACCGCCUGAGCCAGUCCAAGUCCAUGGUCCUGCAGGACACCGACCUUCCUCAGAAACCUCUGUCUCGGCAUCGCAGGAAUCAAUCUCAGCACGGAGUGAUCCUGACGGCAGCAACAGCAUUUGAACCACUGGGGGACCUGAAAGGUGAACAUUUGAACGUAGCGAAGAUCUCAGAAAACGGUAAAAAGCAGAGGAAGAACUGGACUUCAAUGUGGACUGUGCUGACCACGGAUGAACUGCUGCUCUAUAAAGACAAACAGGAAACUGGCGUGAAACCAGGAGGUAAAACAGAUGUGGUUCAGCUUUGUGGGGCUGUCAUUGAAUGGACAACGGAAAAGUCAAGCAAGAAAAAUGUCUUCCAGAUCACAACUAACACAGGCAGUGAGUACCUCAUCCAGGCUGAGAAUUACUCCACUGCCAGCAAAUGGCACGACGGCAUCAGGAAAACCGUUGAAUCAUUGACUAAAGACGACAGAGGUUUUGCUCUGCGGAGGUCCAACAGCUCAGAGUUCCUGCCCAGGCACAGCUCCUUACCUGGACAUGGAGCGGUCUCACCCAAUACAAAGCCACGAAACCCAGUUCACAGACGGUCCAUCAAUAUGUUUUCCAGCUCAAAGCUGAAACACAGCGCCUCAGACAGUGCAGACAAGAACGGAGUGAAGAACAGACUGAAGAAGUUCAUCAUCAGAAGGCCUUCCAUGAAGACACUGCAAGAGAAAGGCCUCAUCAAAGACCGAGUAUUUGGUUGCCACCUUCUGACGCUAUGUGAACGUGAAGGAACCACAGUUCCAAAGUUUGUGAAGCUUUGUUUAGAAGCUGUAGAGAAACGAGGUCUAGAAGCAGAUGGGAUCUACAGGGUCAGCGGAAACCUGGCCACAAUCCAGAAGCUUCGUUUCAUUGUCGAUCAAGAAGAAGAGCUGGACCUGGAUCACAAUCAAUGGGAGGACAUCCAUGUCAUCACAGGAGCUUUAAAGAUGUAUUUCCGUGAGCUGCCAGAGCCGCUGUUCCCCUUCAGGUUCUUCGAGCAGUUUGUGGAGACAGUCAAGAUCAAAGAAUCAAAACAGAAAAUACAAGCUGUGAAGAAACUGAUUCACCAGCUACCAAAACCCAACCAUGACACCAUGAAGGUGCUCUUCAGCCACCUACAAAAGGUUCUGGUUUUCUCAAAGAAGAAUCUGAUGUCCACUCAGGGUAUUGGUAUUGUAUUUGGUCCGACACUGAUGUGGCCUGAGCUGGAUGCAGGAAACAUGGCUGUUAACAUGGUUUACCAGAACCAGAUCGUGGAGUUCAUCCUAAUCGAAAGCCGAGAAAUCUUUAACCUUGACAAGAAGUAAGAAGAGCAGGAAGUCGGAUGAGACUGAUGGACUCAUAUUCACAUAUCACCAGUAAAUACAAUAAUUUAGCUGAUGCAGAGUUUAGUUACAUGGAGUGUAAAAAGAAUUGAAUGUAUUAAAAUGUUUGAUCAAAUUUCAUAUGAUGAUUUUUUUUUAACACAAACAUCUGAAAUUAACACAAUAAAGCACAAUGUUUUAUUUCUUU